GCUGAGAGUACAGAGCUAACCGGAAUAACUCUGCGGUACUUAUAGCAACAUGUGUUAGCUUAGAGAUGGCUUAUGGACCUGCCAGUGCCAUCAUGCUUUACCCCACCUAAUCAAUGAACCGAAAACCAAAAUAAAGAGCAAAAGGUAUAUCCUUGGUGAGGUGUUGCCAUAAGUAUUUUAUAUCGGGUGCAAUGCCUCACACUCGUGCGAGAAACCACAGCCCAAUCCCUGAUGUCAACUGGGAUUCAGGACUCAAGGAAAUGAAUGAAACAUGGAAAGGAGCAGUCGCCUGCCUGGGGGUUGCCGUUUUCUUUGUUAUGACUAUUGGGAUUAUUUACUGGCAAGUGGUGGACCAACCCAACAAGAAUUGGAUCAUAAAAGGAAAAUACAGUGGGCUUAUAUGGGAAAGGAACUCUCAAAGCCUUAUAGUGCAGACGCUGAGCGAGAACAAAACCUACGUGGAGAUCAAUGUGGGCAACUUCCCCGACAUUGAGCAGCCCUUUGUUAAGAAUCUGUGCUGGUUGAAUAAGACAGAGUUUUGCUACACGUGGGAUUCCGUCGCAGAUCUCAAAAUCCUAUUGGACAACAGCUUCUCGGAGGGGACCGAAUGUUACCACAUAAACUGGAUACCAAUACACUGUGAUAUCAAAUUAAAGGAUUGCUUUUCAAUGGCAAACAUAUCAUGGUAUGGGGGAGCGGGCUUAAGCGCUCAGCACUGGCCUAUGAACAAUGUGAAUAUGCCUCUACAGCCAUUUGUAAUCAGCAGCCUCAAAUCCCACCCAACAGGCUUUGGAUCUGUUUUGGAGCGAUACUUUCUGGGAUCAACUGGGGUAUCGGUGCUCGUUAAUUCAGAUAUUCCGAUAUCGAUUUCAAUAGAGAGAAACAGAUUCUUCUGUGUGGAGACUCCGUCGAGUAAAGAGAAGAUUCCACUGCAAUAUACCGUGUGUAUAGGCCAAACCAUGCUCUCGGUCCAUCAAGAGAUAGGAAAUCAACUUCAUGAGAACCGCAGGAUGCUUCCAAAUGUUGAUAUACUCUGGAUGCCGCUUUGGAAGCAUUACGGAAUAUCGGAUUCUGCCGCCAAACUUGAAAGGGAAUUGAGAUCGUUCCAUAACAAACUUCUAAGGCACGGCCUGGGAGAAUGCCUUAUUGGACUCAAUGAACAUUCCACAAUGCUGCUUUCUAAAAAGGACCACAUGCCCAACAAUCCCCACGGAUUACGCUCUCCGAGACAGAAAAGGGGCCACCACCAAGUUAGGCAUUUAAAUCUAUUGAUUACUACAUCCCCAUAUACAAGUAUUAACUCUGAACAAUUCCAGAAUUAUCUGAAGGAAGGAAAAGAUAACUAUUGGCUGAGUCUUUAUUCGCAGAUUGAUGCUUCGCUGACCCCUGUUCUGACGAGAUGGAAGAGUCGAUUCUCGGUGAGAUUAAACAUUACCAGUGAGGAGGCUGUUAACUGGUAUCUGAAUACUGUGAGAGCUCUGAAACACAAGUUAGGGGCAGAAUACGUCACAUUCGAAGGUGUGGAAGGAAAUACAUUUCUGGAACAAUCUAUCCAACCUCCCAAAGGGCUAGAAGGGGACAGAUAUACAGGAUUUUUAGCAGAGAUGGCAGCAAAGCUAGGAAACUCGACAAUAGUUACAGCAAGUACAAGGUCCAGCUAUUUGCCAGUCUUCGUGCAAAUGAUCCCUCUCCAUUCGGACUGGAGCUACAGCGGACUCAGAGGAAUUAUCCCGUCAGUUCUUCACUACAGUUUACUAGGAUAUAAUUUUUUCAUUCCAGAUGCAAUAGGAGGGACAUUGGCAGAUGAGUUUCUAACAGAUGAAGAACUGUUUAUCCGCUGGUUGCAAAUUGUGACCUUUCUUCCAGUGAUGUCCUUCAACACUCCCCCCUGGGUUUGCUGCGAUGAUUGGGUUUUGAAUCUCACAAGGCAGUACAUAGAGAAACAUCACAACUUUGUUGCUCCCCUAGUGACUAAAUACGCAGAGGAGUGGAUUCGUUCCGGGAAGCCAAUCUACAGACCUGUCUGGUGGAUCAGCCAAAAUGAUCCGGAGGCAUUCACAAUAGACAAUGAGUUCCUAAUAGGAGAUGAGGUUCUGAUAGCACCUAUCGUGGAACAGGGGCAAGUCCAUCGAGAUAUCUUCCUCCCUGGAAAUGACUACAAGUGGAUGGAUACCAAGACCUCUCGAGUGUUUGACGGAGGAACAACUUUAAAAAACUAUUUUUGCAGCCUACUGGAAAUUCCAGUGUUUAUUAAGACCUCCUAGAAAGAAAAAAGAAAAAAAAACUAGUUAUUAAUGUAUAUCACUUCUAAGAAGAUAAUUACUUUAGAGCUGUCUCUUAUUUAGAGAUGACCGCACUUUUUCUAUGCACUCCGAGGACUAUGUGCUUUUAAUGAUUUUAGUAUUCGUUAUUGUCUAGGGUUUUUCCAAGGUUUUUCCAGAUCCCAUGGCAUUUGCUUUUAACUACAAACUGAGCACUGUAUGUUGUGGAGAUCAGAUCAUGCACUGUAAUAUUUAUUGCUAAAGUCUUAAUAAAUAACCCACAGCGUCUACCUCUCUGUAGUAACAAA